AUAGUUUACAUAGUUUAAUAGGGAGUGGAGCGGUGUUCUGUAACCUACGGCUAUAUCGUAUUACAUUGUCGAUUAAUAGCUUUCUCGAUAAACACGUGUAAUCAUCUUCGCUCGCUUUUUCGUUUUUUCCUACAAUGUCGUCCAGACGAAAAUCCAAUCGACCACGCAAUUGUGCUGGGUGCAACGUCAACUCAACGGAUCACACAUUUGGCACAAUGUCCAAAUUUUGUACAGGACCAACAUCGCAAGACUCAACAGACGACGAAGAGCCCGUGCAUCAUCCAGAAGCCUUAAAGAGAGGACCAAAAACAACGGAGGAUAAUAACGGGCAAAUCCUCCUAGCACUACAGUCUCUAGCGGGUCAAAUUGAAACCCUUCAACUAGACCAGAAAAGUCUUCGGGAGAAGGUCGAGUCAUCUAGCGUUGGGGGCGGACCCGCAACAAAACCGGCAAACCAAGGUAACAACCUUUAUCUCUUACCCUACGUAGACCUACUUACGCUCCUAACUAGCCCUCAGUCAACCGACGAUAGUUCAAGUAGUAGCAGUGCGAAGGAUAACAAACGAAAACCAACAAUCGAAUCAUUCGACCAGUGGCUCGAAGCCUGGACAGUGUACGAGAAAAAAGAAGUAAUCGACAAACCAGCACGAUACGCCGAUAUGUCUUCGUAUCGCCUAAUAAUCCAGAAAGCAAAUCGAAAGUUCAGUUGGACUGCAGUCUACGAGUUUGACGUACAAUUUCGGCGAGGUCUCUCAACGAUACAAGGCCGCCUGGACAUGAUCGACACCACGUUGUACGCCACAAUUCUCGACUCGUCAGCCGUACGUAAAGAGAGUUCCUCGUGCGCGCGUUGCAAAUCACUAUUCCAUCUCGUACGAGAUUGUCCCUUUCGUGCGAGGACGGCGGUGRAGGAAACUAAGAAAGAGAAGACAAAUGAGCAGUGGAAAUACGAUAAGUGGACCCAUAAUGGCACCGAAGGAUGCAACCUCUACCAGCGUCGCGCGUGCCAACAAGGAAAAGACUGCAAACGAGCACACGUUUGUAAAUCUUGUCGGGGGAACCACGCGAAUGCCGAUUGCAACGUCCACUCAACCAAAGCCUAAAUC